CGUGGACACCUGUACUCAGUUACUACCGUCUCCUCCCUUUGUUACCGUAUCUCUUACCUUCUUGAGGUUCAGUUUUCACCUCUGAUAAGUCUCUCCUUCAGAGUUCUAAGAGUUUCUAUAGGGAAACUGGUUCUCUCCGUUGGAACCUGGAACUGUUCUUUAGGAGUCAUUGGACCUUCUGAAGACAUCCCUGGAUCUCGGGUUAAAAAUUCUUGCUGGAAUCUCAACUGUGGGAAGAAGGGCUAGUUGGUCGGUGAUAUUCCCACUUGAAGGACAUCAUGCUUUCCAAACUAGCACGUUUGCAGACUGUUGCUGGCCUUGGGCGUGGAGUUCAUUCUUCAGCGGCUUCUGCUACAUCUGUUGCAACUAAGAAAACCGUUCAAGGCCCUCCGUCCUCUGAUUACAUUUUUGAACGGGAAUCUAAAUAUGGUGCCCACAACUACCAUCCUUUACCUGUAGCCCUGGAGAGAGGGAAGGGUAUUUACGUAUGGGAUGUUGAAGGCAGAAAAUAUUUUGACUUUCUGAGUGCUUACAGUGCUGUCAACCAGGGGCAUUGUCAUCCAAAGAUUGUGGAUGCUUUGAAAAGUCAGGUGGACAAGUUGACCUUAACAUCUAGGGCUUUCUACAACAAUGUGCUUGGUGAAUACGAAGAGUAUGUUACUAAACUUUUCAACUACCACAAAGUUCUUCCAAUGAAUACAGGAGUGGAGGCUGGAGAGACUGCUUGCAAGCUUGCUCGUAAAUGGGGGUAUACCGUCAAGGGGAUCCCAAAAUACAAGGCAAAGAUUGUUUUUGCAGCUGGAAACUUUUGGGGUAGAACAUUGUCUGCUAUCUCCAGUUCCACUGACCCAACCAGUUAUGAUGGUUUUGGACCAUUUAUGCCAGGUUUCGAAAUCAUUCCGUAUAAUGAUCUGCCUGCCCUUGAGCGUGCGCUUCAGGACCCAAACGUCGCCGCAUUCAUGGUGGAACCAAUCCAGGGUGAAGCAGGCGUUGUUGUUCCGGAUCCAGGCUACCUCGUGGGAGUCCGCGAGCUGUGCACCCAGCACCAGGUUCUGUUUAUUGCUGAUGAAAUACAGACAGGCUUGGCCAGAACUGGGAGAUGGCUGGCUAUUGACCACGAAAAUGUCCGACCUGAUAUUGUCCUUCUAGGAAAGGCACUUUCUGGUGGUUUAUACCCUGUGUCCGCAGUGUUGUGUGAUGAUGAAAUAAUGCUGACCAUUAAGCCGGGGGAGCAUGGUUCUACGUACGGAGGCAAUCCGCUGGGCUGCCGAGUGGCCAUCGCAGCCCUGGAGGUUUUGGAAGAAGAAAACCUUGCUGAAAAUGCAGAGAAAAUGGGUAUCAUCUUGAGAAAUGAACUCAUGAAGCUGCCUUCUGAUGUUGUAACGACUGUAAGAGGAAAAGGAUUACUAAAUGCUAUUGUUAUCAGAGAAACCAAAGAUUGUGAUGCUUGGAAGGUGUGUCUGCGACUUCGAGAUAAUGGACUUCUGGCCAAGCCAACCCACGGCGACAUCAUCAGGUUUGCGCCCCCGCUUGUGAUCAAGGAGGAUGAGAUUCUAGAGGCGGUGGAGAUCAUUAACAAGACCAUCCUGUCUUUCUGAGGGUGGUGACAGUUUUCAGUGGUGCCUGGGAGCCAGCUGGAGACAUGUGGUUCAUAAAGCUCUGAGUUUCUGUGCUUAAUGCAGGCAUAUUCCACUCCUCCAUAUCAAGGGCUUUAAAAAAUAUAUAUAUAUAUGUUUUUCAGUUCAUGUAUAACAGAAUGACUUUUAUAGACAUGCAGUUUGCUAUGUAACAUAAUUAAGAGAAUGUCCUGGUAUCUUAUAUUUGAUUAAGUUGUUUUUGUGCUUAUAUUCUUUCUAAGAUGAGGUGCCUUUCUAUAUAGACAGCCUUUUAAUCAAGCCCCUCAGCAUAAUUUAUAUAUGUUUUAAUAAUUUCCUUGCUGGUACAAAUGUUUGUAUUUGAGAAAGUUAUAUUAGUAUUGCCUGGAAGACUUGCUUAACCUUAUAAAGUUGAAUCAUAAUCAUUGAAUUUUAGCAAGGAUGAAUGGUUAAGCUGACACAAGUCAACUCCAUAUUGGCUGGCAUCAAGACGUAUUCUGUGAAUGUCAUUACUUUGAAUUAAGAAUUAAUGUUCAACAUUCCUAGAUUAUGUUUUAAAUGUUCCAUAUAAUUUGUAAAAAGUGUUUGUUUUCAGUAUAUCUUCAAAAUAAAUCUCAUGUCUGAAAUGUCUAUGUUAGGGACCAGUGUGUGGUUACUGCAGUGUUAUCGGUUACCUCACAUUUUAAGCUCUCUGAGAAUGUUUUUAUUUGCUUUGUUUCUUGUGUUCUCUAAGAACAUUUCAGUUUGUUUGGUAAUCUCUAGAAAAAGAGAAAUUAUAAAAAGAAAGUUUCUUUUAGUACUCCUUCUCUGCUUUCAAAAUAACCGCUCUUUUCCCAUGUGUAUACUAGUACUUGGCAUUUUUAUUAAAGCAUCCUUGUUAUGCCUGGAA